AUGGACUCCUCUGACCCUUUACUGAGCGAACUAUGCUCAAUAUGCCAUGUCAACCCCCCAAAAUACCGCUGUCCGCGCUGCUCAACACGCACCUGCUCCCUGCCAUGCACAAGACGCCACAAACUCUGGUCCCAAUGCUCCGGCGUCCGCGAUCCAGCCGCCUACCUCAAGCGGAGCGAAUUAGCCACUGAAUCAGCCUUCGACCGAGACUUCAACUUUAUCACAGGCGUUGAACGCUCGCUCGAGCGCGCGGAUCGAGAAGUUGAGAAUCGGGGGAUUGAGCUUGGGCGUGGGCAAGCCGCAAGUGGAGAUGGAGAUGAGUCCGGGCCGAAGAGGAAAAUUCCGCAGCAAGGACUUGUGAAGGGUGAAGCCGCGUUUUUGCGCCGUGCCGAGGAGGGUGCUGUGACGGUCAUUCGGGCGCCGAGAGGAAUGUCAAGGAAUAAGUUGAAUAAUUCGCGAUGGCAUCCGAAGCAUAAGUGUCUCAGCUGGUCUGUGGAAUGGAUCUCUGCGGCCGGUGUGAAGAAUCUUCGGAAUUGUUUGGAGGGUCAUACUCUUGCGGAUUGUUAUGAUCGUGGAUUCCCGGCAUCGAAGGUAAAAACAGGUGAAUCGUCGAAGGAGGAGAAGAAACCGGAUCAGCAGGAGGGUGAUGCUGCGGUGCAGGAUUCGACGGAUAUAGUCCCGCCUGCGACUGCGACCGAGCCGGAGAAGACUACCGAGCCCACUGGUGAGCAACCGGGGCAGGCGCAGAUCUCAGAAGCCGUUGAGAAAUCUACAGAAACAGUGGAGGAGAAACCACAGGACCUACCAAUUGGCCCGCAUCGUGGUCUACACUUUUACCUCCAUCGUCCACGAACGACAGUCAAGAAGCCAGUCCUGGUACCACUGGCACCGCUAAUGACACUGGCAGCCGCACUGCGUGAGCGAACAGUCAUGGAAUUCCCUACGAUAUAUGUGCUGCCAGAAUCCGCGGAAACACUACUCGCAGAAAAAGACACAUCUUCAUUCAUGCUGGAAGAAGAAUACAUUCGCAUUGUUGGCCCAGAAGAAGCAGCAGAGAAGAGUGCGCCAACAGAGCAGGACGGGGCGGAAGUUCAUGCUUCGGGUCUACCUGGAUCCUCAUUUGAUCUGCAGAAUGUGGACGAGGACAAGGUGAUGGAAGUUUUGAAACAUGAUUUGUUCGAACCAGAAACAUGA